AUGACUGACACCGAGAUCCAACAAGGAGACAAGGUCUCAUGGAACUGGGGCUCAGGACAGCCCGGUGGUGAAGUUGCUGAGGUCAAGGACCAAGGCGAGAUUGCUAUCGAAUCAAAGAAAGGCAACACCAUCAAGAAGAACGCCUCACCUGACAACCCCGCUGUUCACGUCGAGCGCUCUGGCAACGACGUCGUGAAGCGCGCUUCCGAACUCCAGAUCGACGAGAAGGCCGACGGUGCCAACGGAGAACAAGCUAAUGGCGACUCCAAGGAAGGCGACAAGGAAGCUGAGUCAGAAAAGACAGAGGACAAGUCAGCAGAGUCGGAGAAGAAGGACGACGACAAGCCCGCUGAAGCCGAGAAGAAGGACGAGGAAAUGAAGGACGCGCCAGACAGUGAGGAGAAGAAGGAAGAGGCGCAAACCAACGGCGACUCCAAGGCCGAAGAGUCCAAGGAGGAGUCAAAAGAAGAGGCCAAGGACAACGCGACAGAAGACAAGUCCGACGAGAAGCCUGCAGCCGACGAGAAGGACGACGAACCCCAAGCCGGCGACAAGCGCAAGGCCGAGGAGUCGGCGGAUAAGACUAACGGCACAGAUGCCGACGAGAAGCCCGCAGAGAAGAAGGCCAAGACUGAUGAGGCCGAGGCCGAGGAUGAGAACAAGGACGAGGACAAGGAUGAAGCCGAGACAAAGCCCACCCCCAAGAAGGGCGGCCGUCCCAAGAAGGAGAAGAAGGAGCCUGCAAAGAAGAAGGCGCCCAAAAAGGCUGCUACCGCCGAUGGUACGCCCCGUCGCAGCGGCAGGACCAACAAGGCAUCGGUAAAUAUGGCUGAGGAUUAG